AUGAACAGCAACAAGUUUGGGAUGGUAAUUGAGGGCGGAGUCCCUGUAUACCACCCAGAGUACGAAGAUUUCCGAGACUUUAAGAAAUUUGUGGAGCAAAUUGAGCCCAUGGGCAUGCAAACAGGAAUCGUCAAGAUUGUACCGCCUAAAGAGUGGCUAGUUCAACUUCCAAAGCUGGAUUCAACCAUCACAUCUAAAAUCAAGAUCAAAAGACCAAUUGUACAGAAUGUUUCCGGCAGCCAUGGCGUUUUCCGUUUCCAGAAUGUCGAAAAAGGUAGAACGUACUCUAUUGAGGGUUGGCGCAAAGUUUGCAACGAUCCAAGCUACCAAUUGCCGGCAAGAAGAGGAGAAUUAAGGAAAGAUAAAAGCCUCCCAGAAGAUAUUACUGAGUUUGAUGAUGGGCAGUUCACUGACGAACGCUGCGAGGAGCUUGAGAAGUCAUUUUGGAGAAGCAUCGGUUUCUCUGCUCCAAUGUAUGGCGCCGACAUGCCAGGAAGUUUAUUCACCGACGAUGUCAAAGAAUGGAAUGUCGCAAAUCUCGAAUCAGUGCUGUCAAACCUCGAUGUCAAAAUACCCGGAGUCAAUACUGCUUAUCUAUAUUGCGGCAUGUGGAAAGCGGCUUUCCCUUGGCAUUUGGAGGAUAUGGAUUUACAUUCGAUCAAUUAUAUUCAUUUCGGUGCACCGAAGCAAUGGUACAGCAUUUCACAGUGCGACCGGCCUCGCUUUUUCAAAGUCAUGAAGAGUAUUUUCCCCCGUGAAUUUCGAGGCUGUCCAGAGUUUCUCCGACACAAGACGUUCAUGGUAUCUCCAGUGAUUUUAGAAGAACAUGGAGUCAAAGUGAACAAAGUUGUACAUCGCCAGCACGAGUUUAUCAUCACCUGGGCUUACGGCUACCAUGCUGGUUACAAUUAUGGCUAUAACGUGGCCGAAUCAGUGAACUUUGCCACACCAAGUUGGCUCGAUAUUGGUGUCAAAAGCGACAAGUGCCAUUGUAUUGAGGACUCGGUUGGAAUCGAUGUGAAGCGACUGAUUCGACAAAUCAACGGCGAGCCCCUGAGUCCACCACUAUCGCCAGAGCAAUUUGAUGAUGUGUCGAACGAAAUCAGCGAAGUCAAACUCCAGCACAAGCUGAAAAAGCGGUCGAAACCGUCUGUUCAGACUGCACCCAAACGGCCCAAGAUCCUGAGGAAAGGCAACUGCGUGUUAUGCCCUCAUAACUGGGACCAUAUUUAUAUCCAAAACACAGCAAAAACCGCAAGUGUACAUACUAUAUGCGGCCAGCUUAUUCCAGAAACCAAAGUGACUGAUGGAACAGUCGAAGAUCUCGGUACCGUGCCUCCAGAAAGAUUCAAACUCAAAUGUCUCGAAUGCAAGAUCCCCGUGGGCGCGUGUGUGCAGUGUUCGUUUGGAAAGUGCGUCAGAGCUUAUCACGCAACAUGUUUGCAUUCAGCAGGGGCUAGCGUCGACAAUGGGCAGGUUUAUUGCCGCUACCAUGGCAGAGAGGCUCCAGAGGACCCUAGUUACGCCAGUAGCCUGCUGGUUGGAGACCUUGUACAGUGCAAAACAGCUCGGGGUUUAUCAUUUGCUGGAGCGGUUGAAGAAAACUUGCUGGGAGAAGAGACUCUUGUUCUGAGUGCCCUUCCAGAUCGGGAAAUUCGAAUUGAGGUGACCUACGACCAGGUUAUAACCAAAAAGCUAGACCCGGCAUCGCGACCUCCCGAGGUAACCAUGAUAACGAGGCCAGAGCUUUAUUCCACAACUAAUGCUGAUGGAGAAACUGUGUCACCGUUUGUGUUUAUUGGAGUACCUCUUCCGGACUGUUUGAAACGAACAAGUACAUUCUAG